UGUGGAGGGGGUGAGGCUGUAAGACUGGCUCAUGACCAGGCUAAGGAGCGAAGUCAUCGCUGGCAGAACAGAGUUCACUGGGAUGUGACAAGUAUGAUCUUCGGGAAACAGAUGCAGUGGUUCAAACACACCCUGGCCACCGUGAACUUCCUGCUAUUUGCCAUCACAUCUUUAAAAGUUAUAAAUAUAAACAAUUACGUUCACCCGGUCAGCAAGAGGUAACCGUUUACGAUCCACGCCCAUCACCUCAUGCCUGCACGGCCUGCUCUAUAUAAAACCCCUAUGUACAUUUCUCUGUCAGCUCACUUAGCUUUUGGGCAUUUCCUUUGUUUUUGUUGAUCUUUCAAUCCACAAUCUACUCUCUGUCGUUUAGCAAGGUUUACUUUGAAUCCAUUUGAGUGAGCAGACAAUUAAAGAAAUGUCCUGCGGGGAGUAUGACAGGGUUGGGCCUCUAUACCCUCUGAGAAAAUGGGUUUCCAGUCAGGAUGUUGGCCUGCCGCCUUUCCUGGAGACUGGGGAUUCUCGUUGGAUCAAGAAGGGCUUGGCAGCCUGGUCCUGGCCGGGUUGCGUACCGGCGCCUCUGUUUGUGCCCUACAUCUCCGAGCCGAUGCCUCAUUCUGGUCAGAAGGUCAGCAAGUGGAGGGUCAGCAUGGAUGUGUCUCACUUUUCCCCCUCGGAGAUCUCUGUCAGUGUCAGGGAUGGAUUCCUGGAAAUUGGAGGGAAACACGAGGAGAGGCCUGACGAGCAUGGAUUUAUCGCCAGAUGUUUUACAAGAAAAUACAGGCUUCCAGCUCAGGUGAACGUUACCAAACUUGAGUCCUCACUCUCCGUUGAUGGUUUCCUGACUGUAGAAGCUCCACUUCCUGAAGCCUCAGCUCCUGCUGCCAUCAUCAUCCCAAUAAAGGUGGAGGUUGAGGGCAAUGGAGAACCAGAAACAAAACAUGAAGAUCAGGAGGAAGAGUCUCAAUUAGAGGCCUGCAGUGAUCCGGUUCAGCCCAGCAGCACCACAGCUGGCCUGGAGCAGGGAGACAAGGAAGCCAGAGAAAAGCCAGCUGGACAGUCCCAUUCUUCACUGCCUGAGGAAGAUAAAUGCUUAGAGAGCAUCCAAAAGGCUUCUGAGCACCACGAAGUCCCAGAAAGCCAAGAAAGCCUGGGUACAUCCAAGCUCCUGGAACACAAAGAGCCAGUCGUGGAUGAAGAGAUCCAGGUGAAGGCAGAGGGAGCCCAGGAGCUCGCUCCCCCUCAGGAGCAGGAGCUGGGAUCAGCUCUGCUGAGUGACGUCCAAAGCCAGGAGCUGGAGGCUGCUAACAUAGAGCAACAGCACACCGACUAAACACAAGAGUAUUAGCCUGCAUUGUCUGCCUUAAACCAGCUCCACAGAUGCCUUUUUGUCAUUAGCUAUAGCGCCAUUAAAGCCUGCUGUGUUUGGAGCUCUAAUAAAGUAGUAUCAUGUGAAAGUAAAA